AUCUGUGCCCUGCUCUUCGCCAGCCUCUACAUCCUCUGCCACUUCAUCAUAACCCACUUCAAGAAGCACACGGACUUUGCAGCAGUGCAGGAUGACGAGGACGCUGCUGUCAACAGGAUUGCGUUGAGGCUCUGCACCUUCACCCUGGCCGUGGCGCUGGGCGCCGUCCUCCUGCUGCCCUUCUCCAUCAUCAGCAACGAGGUGCUGCUCUCCUUCCCCCAGAACUACUACAUCCAGUGGCUGAACGGGUCCCUCAUCCACGGCCUCUGGAACUUGGUCUUCCUCUUGUCCAAUCUGUCCCUCGUCUUCCUCAUGCCCUUUGCCUACUUCUUCACCGAAUCAGAAGGUUUUGCAGGCUCCAAGAAGGGAAUCAUGGCCAGGGUGUACGAGACGUCGGUGGUGCUGCUGCUGCUCACCCUGCUGGUGCUGGGCAUGGUCUGGGUGGCCUCUGCCAUCUUUGAGGACAACGCAGCCACUCGCCAGUCACUCUAUGACCUCUGGGAAUUCUACCUGCCCUACCUCUACUCCUGCAUCUCACUCUUUGGUGUCCUGCUUCUGCUGUUGUGCACCCCCUUCGGCCUCUCCACCAUGUUCACUGUCACGGGGAAGCUGCUGGUGAAACCCCGGCUUCGGCACCGAGCGUCGCCCUGGCAGAGGAACCUGGGGUACCCCCUGGCCAUGUUGGGCCUCCUGGCACUGACCGGCAUCUCGGUGCUCAUCGUUUGCUUCCACGUCCUGGAGCUGCUGCUGGAUGAUGCUGCGAUGCCGCGGGGCAUCCAGGACGCGUCCCUGGGCCAGGUCUCCUUCUCCAUCUUCGGCUCCUUCGGGGCUGCCCUGCAGGUCGUUCUCAUCUUGUACCUGAUGGUCUCCUCCGUCGUGGGCUUCUACAGCUCCCCCCUCUUCAUGCAGCUCCUCCCCGAGCGCCAGGACACCCCCCUCCCCAGG